CCGGGCGGCCGCGGGGGAGCCAGGACACCGCGCCGGGCAGCGGAUGAGGCGCGGAGGCUGUGGCCCAGGGCACCUCCCCCCGGCUUCCCGAACCCUGCCCGGUCCCACCCGAGGGGGAGGAUGGAAACACCAGCCGCGCUCUGAGCCCCUCAGGAAGAUAACACCCUUCCCGCCUUAUCACUCCGCGGUCCUGCAGAGACCAUUGCCUCUUCCCUUCCACAUCUCCAUCUCCCACAACGAGGCCGAGCGGAAAAGCGAGCGAUGGCGGAAAACCUGAGGAAACUGGUCUCCAACGAAUCUUUACGAUCGAUGCAGGACAAGCUAGAGUCCUGGCUGAGCGAGUACAACACAAACUCAUGUAAUCAAAAUCUAAAUCAUUGCCUUGAACUCAUUGAACAAGUUGCCAAAGUGCAGGGACAACUCUUUGGGAUCCUCACGACAGCAGCCCAAGAAGGAGGACAUUAUGAUGGGGUGGAAAUAAUCAAAUCACGCCUUUUGCCUUGGCUGGAGACCUCCUUUACUGCUGCUUCCCUGGGAAAACCUGUUGACAGCAGGGUCCCCUCUCUACAGGACACUUUUGAUAAGGAGAGACAUAAAGAGUCUGGUGUUCGGGAUCGGGACAUACAACAAUUAGACUCUGACUUGAACUCAACUCGUAAUCAACUCAACCAGGUUCAAGACGAUCUGGCUACAACUGAAAAGACUCUUGAAGAAACCAAGAACAGAUCGGCCAUAUCCCUUUUGGCUGCAGAGGAGGAAAUAAAUCAGCUAAGAAAGCAGCUUAAAUCUCUUCAAAACCAGGAGGACUCCCGCCACAGAACCUUGGAGCAUAGGAGCUCGGAGCAGAGGAGCUCGGAGCAGAGGAGAUCAGAGCAGAGGAGAUCAGAGCAGCGGGGCUCGGAGCAGCGGGGCGCCGACAGGCGGAGCAAAGAGUUGCGGAGCGUGGAAGUGGUAUCCGAUUAUGAGCAACAGCUCCGAACGCUGAAGGACGAGAUAGCUGUUCUGUCUGCUGAAAAAUCUGCCCUCCAAGGAAGGUCCACCAGGAGCCGGUCUCCUAGCCCUGCCCCGCACAGCCGCAGCCACAGCCGCAGCCACAGCCGCAGCCGCAGCCGGUCAGCCAGCCCCUCCACCGCAGUCGCGAAGAUCAGGAUCCCGUCCCCGAAUCGCGCCAAACUGUCCAGUGUGGCGCGCAAGGCUGCCCUCCUUUCCCGGUUCAGCGACGCCUAUUCCCAGGGCCGCCUGGAUGCGCAGUGCAUGCUGCGGCGCUGCAUCGACAAAGCUGAGACCGUGCAGCGCAUCAUCUACAUCGCCACAGUGGAGGCAUUCCAUGUAGCUAAAAUGGCAUUCAGACAUUUCAAGAUCCGUGUGAGAAAAUCGUUGACACCAUCUUAUGUGGAGUCAAAUGAUUUUGAGGAUGCUGUCUUGGAUUAUAUCAUUUGUCAUCUUGAUCUAUAUGAUUCCCAAAGCAGUGUUAAUGAUGUGAUCCGAGCCAUGAAUGUCAAUCCCAAGAUUUCAUUCCCUCCUGAAGUUGACUUUUGCCUCCUCAGUAACUUCAUCCAGGAGAUAUGUUGCAUUGCUUUCGCAAUGCAGACUUUAGAACCACCCCUAGAUAUUGCAUUUGGGGCCGAUGGAGAAGUUUUUAAUGAUUGCAAGUACCGUCGCAGCUAUGACUCCGAUUUCACUGCUCCCUUGGUCUUCUAUCACGUGUGGCCUGCUCUCAUGGAGAAUGACAAUGUCAUUAUGAAGGGAGAAGCUGUCACCAAGAGAGGGGCUUUUUGGAAUUCGGUGCGAUCUGUAAGUCGAUGUCGAAGCAGGAGUUUAAGUCCCAUCUGCCCCCGUACCCAUAUUGGUUUAAGCAUGAUAUCUCGAAGCCGGAGUCCUUCUCCAAUAAGAUGCGGAUUGCCGAGGUUUUAAAACCAUCAGCCAUGUUCCUUUGCCACAGUACAUCUGCAACAGCCAGCUUCCCCAGUGCCUCCAUCUGCCUGCUGUGUCUGCCUCAGACCUCACUUAAGAUAAUGUGAAAGGCAAUUCUGUGUAUCGCUGCACACAGAGAGUUAAAUGUUUUGGCUUAGCACGUUUGUAACUUCAGAUAUAUUGCAUUUUAUUUUAUUUUAUAGAUACAAAUUCCAUUAAUUUGAUAAAAAUGAUUGCAUAGGUGUUUAGGAUCAUAUUCAUUCAAAGCAAAGUCCAUUACAAGUUCAGGAUUUUCAUCCUGAAAUACUAGGCCCUUUUAUAGCAACUAUAUGAACAAAAGUGGAAAAUCUUUACCAUGCUGAGUCCAAAAGACAAGAUGAGUCAUUUUGGUUUACAAACUGAUUAUGCAUAUUGUAAUUGCUGGUAUUAGUUUUAAUGUGAAAACAAUAUUGGUGUUUUAAUUUUCUUUUAAGGUUUGGAAGGCAGCUCUAAUCUCAGAUUGGGGGACUUGUAGCAGUAGCAAUGACUUUAGGCUAAAUGUAGAUGUUGAUGAUUUAUUUAAGAGAAUAUAGUUCGUUGGCUUGCUUCUCUUUUCCUACUUUGAGAGGGCCCAGUUUGAUUUAGUUGAGCGCUGUAUGUCGAAGCCACUGACUCGAGAGAAUUUUCUCGCUUCAUGAAUGUGGAGCAGUGAUUUGGAUAGAAGCCAGCUUUGAGAUAACUGUUAAUUACCUUGUGUUUUUCUUCUGGGAAUGUCUCAUACUGUUUUAAUGCACGUGUUAUAUAUAAAGGCUACCUGGGACGUGCCCUUUAUCUAUUCCACCUAGUUGUUCGCAAAUUCAGACUUUCUCUGAAUUCCAUCUGACUAAAAGUACCUAAACUCAAGGCCUAAAACUAGAGACACCACUUACUGAUUUUAAAUUAAGUGUACAUCCCUUAAUUUCUUCAGUGUGAAGUACUGUUGAAAGUUCAAGAUAAUAAUAGAAUGUGGCUUUUUGAAGAUCAGUGAUGAUCUUUCUACUUCUUUAUCACUUUAAAUCCAACCUUAAACACAAGCAUUACAAAUGCCUGUUCUCGCCCUGUGCAUUUUAGAGACAAGCUCUGAAUUGGCCAUAGAUCAGUUUGCGUAAGCUCGGUGCCAAAACCAGCACCUGAGGUUUUUCAGGUGAAAAAAACCCAAACUUCUCUAAAGCGUCUUGUUCCUUGUGCUGGGAGGUAGAGACGAGGGAGAGACCACCUCAGUCCCUGCCCCCUGGGUCUAAUGGUCACCAGCUCAUUCUGAAAUGUGAGGUUAAUUUUUCUCCCUCUGUGCAUUUACGUAGUCGUCACUUUGAGGCAAUGCAGUGUGCUCUAAAGAGAACUUGGUGUUCAGGGAGCUUCAGUUCCAAUAUGGUCAUCACCUUGCUUUGUGGCCUUGAACAAGUUACCUUUCUGAGCCUUAGUCUCAUUGUAGAGUAAGGAGGUUGGAUGAGAUUAAUGGUUCUCUCAACGCUCUCAGACUCAGUGCCCCCUUUUAUAACAAACAUUUUCUUCUGGUUGUUCUGAAGUAAAAUUCAAAGUUAAUAUGAUCUAUGUUGCAUAUAUACUUUUUAUGUUGCAUAUAUACUUUUAAACAAUGAAUAUAGUACUCUAUCUGUAAUAUAAAGCAGAAAAAAAGAAAGAAGUUUUUAAUAAAAUAAAACAUAUUUCAAUAAAAAAAGCUUGGAUAUAACUAUCAUGGAAGAUAAAAGUAAAUUAUCAGAUGCCUGCACCUGUAUGUAGAACACCCAGCUACAAAUGCAGAUCAAUGUGCGUUGUGUUGGCAACAUCAAUAGCAGUGUUGUCAUUGGAUAUGAUUUUCUGAAAUGGUGGACAACUCUUGGUAAAGUUUUGAACAAAAAUCUUACAGUUAUGCCUUGAUUAACAUGGUAAAUGUGUUCCUGGAAAAGUCAGUGUACAUUAAAACCACGCAACAAUUCCUUUGUGUUAUAUGUUAGAAGUCUUUUCUAAAAUCUCACUAAGUAAUGAGAAUGCCUACGUAUCAGAAUUUUUUUAGGAGUCAUAUGUGGGAAUACAUGCUCUCAUUUGGAAAAAGGUCACAUGUAGCUAAAUUUAUUUGAUCUGUACCCUGUCUGGCCAUUUGCCAUUUCUCAAGUUUCUAAUUUGAACUGUAAUCAUGCAGGGAAUGGUGAAUAGGCUAGAAUAAUUUUUGGAAAGGAUCCAGAAAUUCAAAGGAGACUGACCUAUACUUAUUUAUCUGGGCAUGCACCUUAACCUUAAUAACUUUGAAAAAUGAAAAGUUAUACCUGAGUAAAUGUUUAUACCUGAGUAUAAGUUUAUACCUGAGUAAAAGUUUAUA